AUGAGCACCGGGUUCUCUGAUUCCCCAACUUUUCGUUGCACCCUCUCGCCCGUUUAUCCUUCUAUGAUUAAAGUCCAUGAAAAGAACAUACAACCCUGUGUAGGAGGCAGAGAAUGGGAGGAGAAAGUGGCUUCCAUUGAACCAGAAUCACGCAAUCUACUGAAACAUGGAAACGACUCAGUCUCACCACUUAUGCUUAACUGUCCCAUGGAGAAAGAUUUUCAUAAGAUUGAUAUCGAACAUAACAAUAGUCAUUACAGCACCUUUAAUGCAACAGGCAUGUACGGAGUUCUGGAUAUUCAUUCAAGCAAUUUCAAGCAAGGAUUGAGCUCCAAAGGUGACAUAUUGUACACUGCACCAGGUCAAAUAAAUAGCGCAAAGGAAAAAAAGUGUGAUAACUUCGUUUCAACGACAAGACGAAAAUAUGACUUGACUUCUACAGUGUGGAAAAAGGAGCAUGAAUUAGUCUCAGAGCCAGCAUUGAGUUUCCAGGAAGAAGAAGCAGAGAACAGUAAAGGAGAAAGGACAAAGGAUAGAAAUAUGAGCUACGAUACAAAUUUUACAAAAGAUACUACACGCACAGCGUAUUCUACAAGGCCAAAAGGGGUUCCAUUAAUUGGAGAGAAUAUGAAAGAAGGAGUGAAGAGAGGUAAUUCCAACUUUUGA